UCCAUUCAGGCAGUUGUUUUAGAGUUUCUAGCCAAUGGCAAACCAAACAAGUUUCUUUCCACUUCUAGGCUUCAUUGUCUUUGCAUUUCUUUGGCUUAAUUGUCUACCUGCUGAGGCUGCCAUAAAGAAGUACCAAUUCGACAUUCAAGUGGCAAAUGUGAGCAGAUUGUGCCAUGCAAAGCCAAUAGUAACAGUUAAUGGGAGAUUUCCAGGGCCAACCAUUUAUAUUAGAGAAGGAGAUAGAGUUCAAAUCAAUGUUAUAAACCAUGCACAAUAUAAUAUUUCCAUCCACUGGCACGGAUUGAAACAAUAUCGUAAUGGUUGGGCAGAUGGACCGGCUUACAUAACUCAGUGCCCUAUCAAGACAGGAAAUAGUUAUGUGUAUGACUUCAAUGUAACAGGACAAAGAGGUACCUUGUGGUGGCAUGCUCAUAUUCUUUGGCUAAGGGCAACAGUAUAUGGGGCAAUUGUGAUACUGCCACAACAAGGAACUCCCUUCCCUUUCCCUCAACCAGAUAGGGAAGAAGUAAUUGUGCUAGGAGAAUGGUGGAAUGCAGAUGUUGAACAAGUGGAGAAUCAAGGAAAUGCAUUAGGUUUGCCUCCUAAUAUGUCUGAUGCUCAUACAAUCAAUGGAAAGCCAGGGCCACUUUUUCCAUGUUCUGAGAAAUAUACCUACGCCAUGGAAGUUGAAAAAGGAAAGACUUACCUGUUGAGAAUUAUCAACGCUGCUCUCAAUGAUGAGCUCUUUUUUAGCGUUGCAAAUCAUACCUUAACAGUGGUGGAAAUCGAUGCAGUCUACACAAAACCGUUUUCCACAAAUGCCAUUUUAAUAGCACCAGGACAGACAACAAAUGUUUUGGUCCGCGCCAACCAAAUUCCAGGAAGAUAUUUCAUGGCCGCCAGGCCUUUUAUGGAUGCUCCAAUCUCCGUAGACAACAAGACCGCCACUGCUAUUUUCCAAUACAAGGGCGUCUCAGAAACCGUUAUCCCCAAACUUCCUGACUUGCCUGCUCCUAAUGACACAGAAUUUGCAUUGAGCUAUGACAACAAGCUCAGGAGCCUAAAUUCUCCAAAGUAUCCAGCAAAUGUUCCACUAAAAGUUGAUCGAAAUCUCUUCUACACCAUUGGCCUAGGAAUCAAUGCUUGUCCCACUUGUUUAAAUGGAACUCGGUUAACUGCUUCUCUAAACAACAUCUCCUUUGUCAUGCCACAAACUGCACUUCUUCAAGCUCAUUACUUCAAUAUUAAGGGUGUGUACACUACUGAUUUUCCCGACAAGCCACCAACUCCUUUCAAUUACACGGGGGCUCCUCUUACAGCCAACCUCAAGACAACUCAAGGCACAAGACUUAGUAAAAUUGUCUUCAAUUCUACUGUUGAGUUAGUAAUCCAAGAUACCAACUUGUUAACUGUAGAAUCACAUCCUUUCCAUCUCCAUGGUUACAACUUCUUUGUCGUUGGAACUGGCAUUGGAAACUUUGACCCCAAAAAAGAUCCAGCAAAAUACAACUUGAUUGAUCCUCCUGAGAGAAAUACUGUAGGUGUUCCAACUGGUGGUUGGACUGCUAUCCGGUUCAGAGCUGAUAAUCCAGGGGUUUGGUUUUUCCACUGUCAUUUGGAGUUGCACACUGGCUGGGGACUUAAAACAGCAUUUGUGGUGGAAGAUGGACCAGGAUCAGAUCAUAAUAUUCUGCCUCCACCGAAGGAUCUUCCACAAUGCUAAUUUAACAACGCUUUCUUCAUUUGCAUAUUGAUUUCAUUUCACGUUUACAGUUUGCUUUUAUCCCUCAUAAUGCAACAAAUGAGUGAGGCAUGCACAUUUGAGAUUUGUUUAGGAAAUGUCCUAACCAAGAAAGGGAAUUUCUGUCACGUAAUUAAAGUGUAUUCGUUUGAAGCAAGGGUUGUAACAAUUGUUUUCAUUGAACUUGCCUGCUUUCUUUUAUCAUC